AUGUUUCAGUUGACCAAUGCUACUUCAACAGCAUUGUGUUUGGCGAAUUCAUUGAUAUCUCGCCGUAGUUUUAGUCUUUAUGAUCAAUUGGUUCGUUACAAAUGGUGGUUUAAAUCAGGAUACAUGUCAUCAACUGGAAAGUGUAUUGGCAUUAGAGAAUCUACCAAAGAAUCACUGUGUGAAUUUGAACGUCGUCAACAAAGAUAUGCCAAUGAAUGGGGAAUUUCAAUGAAAGAUAUGGAUUAUCUUUCUGAUCCUGGACUACUAAAACAAUUUAAUACGUGUUGCAUUAAAGACGAAGUAGCAGACAAUGAUGCUCUUGUGCGUCUAGCGCCUGUGCCACUCUUUUUCUAUAGAUUUCCUCAAGCAGGUGUUGAAUAUUCGGGUCGAAGUGGACAAAUCACUCAUGGAGAUAAAAUAGUAUACGAUGCAUGUCGUUACUAUGGUGCUUUGAUUGUUGCUGCUCUGCAUGGUUCUACAAAAGAACAAUUACUCGAUAAUCAAUUUUACUUGAAGAACAAAUCUUGGUUUAGUGACAUAGAACUUCAUCGUGAUGUAGAGUCCGUUGCUAAAGGAUCGUAUAAAAGAAAUGGCUACGAUGCCGGUAUUCGAGGUAAAGAUCAUAUUGUGAGUGCACUAGAAGCUGCGCUAUGGGCAUUUUGGUCCGAUGACGGCUCAUUUGAGAAAGGCGUUCUGGCUGCUGUUAAUCUUGGUGAUGAUACAAAUACCACAGCUGCUAUAUAUGGACAAUUAGCUGGUGCUUAUUAUGGUUAUCGGGCAUUACCUGCACGUUGGUUGAAGAGUGUUCAUGCGAAAACCUUUAUUGAAAAACUAAGCAAAUGGAUUGCAGUGGAGGGAGAAAGUUGUCAGAAACGAUAUGAAGCCUUUCUCUCUCGAUCAUCGAAAAGUAAUAGUUGA